AUGCGAACUAAACGCCCAAGGUCCAGCAGCGCGUGGGUGGCGAAGCGCUGGUACUCCACCCCACGAGCUUCUCCUACGACUGACUUGCGUCACCAGUCUCCACAAGCUACAACUGCUGGCACACCAUCAGCUUAUACAUCCGCCGCCCUCCCAGAACCCACUAUAGCACGCUUUGUUAAACUCAGACUAUCGGGUCCUCAUCCUCCAGCGAGCGACAGUGAUCAGGUAGCACUGAUGGCCGUUAACGUUCUUGGUGAUGAAAUAGAUGAAGUUGGAAAUACCACGCCUGUAACCCCAAAAUCCGAGCCAACCUUUUCUCCAUACGAUGACCUGGCUUUCGUUAUGUAUGUUGACAACGAGAUAGCCGAUCUGGUUAGGAGUUUGGAUGAAAAGAAAAAGACUGCUGUAUCUGAGGAGCGAUUUGAAUACGCACGACGUCUGAAAUCCGCCGCAUCUGCUCUCGCUGCUGCUGGUAUACGGAUCGGUCGCUGGAGGCUACGAAAAAGAACUGCUGCGGCAAGAGAUGACUUCGAGUUGGCAAGGAGGAUGCGAGACAGAAUUGCAGACGCGUUGACUGGCGUUAAAGAAGACCCACAGCUAUGCAGACUCUUCGAAGAGGAUGGGCCGGAUUCGCGCAACGACUCGUCGAUGCCUCAAGCCUACGACUUCUCCCACCAUUUAUCACCAUCAGUGGUUGCCGGCUCCCUCAGUAUGGACAUACCAUCACCUGUACCACCGAUAGACAACGAGGUCGAACCACCGGAACAGGAGUUCGUAAACGGCGUAGAGGAUGAAGAAGUUGAUAAUGUUCCUAGCACACCAUUGAAAACAAGUCAAGAAGAUAUACCGACGCAAAUCGCUCAACCCCCUCCAGAACACGUAGAGGACAAAACACAUGUUACAAAGAAGGAAGAAGAAGAAUUAAGAAAAGAGACUGACAGUCCUCGUAGAAGCAUUACACCAAAUGCUGCAAAUGGUACAUUAGUUAGACGUAGAAAUAAAAGCGCCGGUCCCAGAUCGACGUUUGAAGCUUACGAAGAAAGACUGUUACCUGCAUUGAGACAUUCACACACGAAUGAGUUUCUUCGAGAGGCGCGGGAAGCCCGUGAGGAGGAGUGCAGUGGGGGCAGUGCUCCCGUCGCCCGAGCUCCACACAGGCUUACUGAACGAGAGAGAAAGCAAGCUGCUUUACCUAUCCUGAUCUUUGGGUAUCCUUUGGUUGAGAAAUUCUACUCGAAGAACUAUUUGGACAAAGAAGAAGGCCUAGCCCGACUGCGUGGGGAACUAACAGCGCCUUCAAACGGCAGCAGCAAGACGUCGCCCAACAAGACAGCGCGCGCCGCAGCAACGCUUCUGCAGAGAGCGCUGCGAGAUAAAGUCUUCUCGGUUUACAGCCAAGCAAACGAGGUCGUCAUCGCGCUGUUUAAGGAGUUUGUUCCGGACAGAGUUUGCGCAGCAGAAGUUGGCCGGUGCAUAGACAAGUUACUGCCGGAGCUGCUUAGAGCAUGUGGUGACCCUGCUCCCAGGAUACACUCAACAGCACAGCACACCGUACUCACUGUGGCCGAAUGCCCGCAAGUUAGGAGUCUCCACAUCAUCCCGCAGCAGUUGGUGCGGCCCGUAGCCGCCUCCAUGCAUCCACGGCUUGCUCUCUCUCGCCUGCAAAUACUCGAGCAGCUCAUACUCAGCCAUGGCAUAUCCACUGAUAAAAACAGCGGUUUAACAGUCCGUCGUCUUGCGGAAUGCGGCGCAGCUGGAGCUCAACAUGCGGCAGGAUCUGUACGGGCUGCGGCAGAGAGAAUACUGCUCGCCGCGUACACCCGCUCACCCAGAGUCGUCAGAGCUCAACUACCUCCAGACGAUGCCGUCACAAGGCGCAACUUGAUCUACAGACAUCUGUUCCAGCAGUUUGAUAGAAUUGAUAUGCAAAAAAUGCUUAACCAGGCACCUACAGAAGAAGAACUCUUGAACGGUGCGGACCAUACGACCGCGGACACUGUCCACGAAACCUCCAGCAUCGCUCAAUCUACAAGAUCAGGCACCACUGCGUCUGGGAUGACGUCAUCAGGAAUGACUUCCUCGCUCAUGAUGUCAUCAAUAGGUGCCACAUCUUCAUACAGCCUGAAGUCAAGCGCCAGUGGGGCCACUUUAGCUCCGUCCAGUUUGAGCGGUAGUUUGACAACUUCAAGAACAAAGAGUAGCCUGAAGAAAUCUCCAACGAAGAAGUAUACCCCCAGUCGGACUGCGAAAGAUUUUUCUAAUUACCCUGGGUAUAACAAGUUAAGGCUGGACAGCGCUGUCAGCCCGAAACAUUCACCAAGAACUACUGCUGUGGGUAACGAAAAGGUACACUUUCAAGAAAACCAAACGGAAGAAGUAAUAUAUCGUCGAAAAAAAUCAGAUUCACCAACUAUUGGCUCGCCAAAAACAACCAAAAACGACCGAAGUCUAGAUUCUCUGCCAAUGGAUUCUCCACAGAUGUCCAGGCAGGAUAUGAGAUCUGAUUCGGACUGCAGGAGCUUGGACUCACCAAAGAUCAAGGCGGAGUUCUUCAAGGAUACAGCAUUGGACUCGCCGAAACUGGUCGCUGGGUUAAGGAACUUGCAUUUAGAGGAGAGCAGCCAGAUGGAUGAAAGUGGCAGAAGACAACAGAUCGCUACUAAUGAGCAGCAAUAUGAAAGUUACGAGGCUGUGGGAGUUGAUGUCAGCACCGAAACCACGCCUGAACCAGUGUGCAACACAACGUGCACGUGGUGUGGACGCCGUGUGCGCUCGACAGCGCUGGAGGUGCACUACUGGCGACGAUGCGUUCUGCUGGCUCGCUGUCCACAUUGCCGCGUAGCGCUUGAAGCGAGGGGACUCCACGCACAUCUGCUAGAAGAGUGUUCGCUCAGUGAGGGCCUGUGGAAGCCAUGUCAGAAGUGCGGUGCAGCGCUCCGUGUCGAUGAGAGCCAAUAUCACGUCAACUGUAUUCCUCUAGGCCUAGACGAGUGGAAAUGCCCAUAUUGCCUAACAAACGUGUUAGCUCGUGAUCUACCCUGGCAGCGCCAUCUGAUGCAGUGUCCCCGAAACCCACGACGUUCACAAACUUAG